UCGAAAAAUGGACAAGAAUAUCACCCCAAUCAAAAUGGAAAAGAACAUCGGCCCGAUGGUUUGCCUCUUGAUCCUCAUCAUGGACAUCAUUGCGGGCAUACUUGCCAUUGAAGCUGAGAUAGCUCAAAACAAGGUGGAGAAUCUGAAGAUAUGGGUUCUUGAGUGUAGAGACCCAAGCUAUCAGGCAUUCAAGCUAGGGAUGGCUGCAGCAGUACUUCUGGCCCUUGCCCACACCAUUGCUAACUUACUUGGUGGGUGCGUUUGUAUUUGGUCCAAAGAAGAGCUGGAAAAAGCAUCUGCUAACAAGCAGCUGGCAGCAGCCUCCCUCAUUUUCUCCUGGAUUCUAUUAGUAGCUGGAUUCUCAAUGCUGAUCUCAGGAACACUAGCUAACUCAAGUGCCAGAAAAUCAUGCGGGAUAGCAAACCACCAUCUUCUCUCGAUUGGAGGGGUUUUAUGCUUUAUUCAUGGAUUGUUUAUAGUGGCCUACUAUAUUUCAGCAACUGCCACUGUUAAAGAAGAAAAGAAAGCUCCUCAACAUCGUGGCAAUGCUUGAUUUUCUAAGAUCCUUUUUUUUUGGGGGGCACUCUAUUGUUUACCGUUCAAGACCUAUGUUCCACCAAAAAUUUGAAUCUCAUAUUUUUCAUUGAAUAUUUUCCAAGUUACAAGAGCUCGAAAGGAUGCUAAAUGCAAGGGGAACCAAUGAUGGAAAACAAAGAUUUGCAAUUCCUAUGCUGCAAUACCAAAAAUCAAAUUUCCAC